CCAUCGAGUCUGACUUUCAGGGUUUAAAGUGGUUUACUCCUGAGCGCGGUUGAGCAACAAUGGGAUACUCCGACCGAUGCAGAGAUCUGAAAACCUACUGGGAGAGAAGCGCUUCCACAUGUGUGUUGUGUACUGUAAAGCCAGAAGCGAGGCGGCCACCGCGGAUCCUCUCGCAGUGAGUAUCUGCGCUGAUGCUCGGGAGUCGGGAGCAUUUAUACUUUCAUGGUGUUUUGAACUGUCGGACAUGUUUAUCUUUCUCUGCAGGAAACAACAUCAUCGCAUUACGCGUCGAGUGUUUUCAGCACGGCAAUCUGUUUAAUUAUUAUCAGUUAUCUUUUAUUCUGACUAUGCACCAAUCAGAUGAGUGCUGAAGAUACUGAUGAGCGCAGGAAGUGAUGGCGUCGUGGCUCAAUAGGAAACCCAACCCACAUGUAACAUUUCCGUGACUCUGUGGAUCUUUUAGUUAGAAUGUGUUGACAGCUGCCGCUCAUGAUGUAGGCAUACUAUGGGCGGUACCGUUUGCCAUCCUGAUGUCCAUCGUGCUUGUUGUGAUAUGUGCUCGUCUAAUCGGCUUGAAGCGGAGAAGAGCAAGCAUUCUCGUGGCACCAAUGAUCUGGAGCACAUUCUGGGCCCCGACAUCCUGGCGGCACCUUUACAGACGGUGCUGGACAACCUGGACGUUUUGGAAGAGCUGGUGAUUUUGUUGGAUCCAGAGAACCAAGGAGUAAAGAACACCAAACAUCUGGCGUCUCAUUGCUCCUUCCCCGCCACCUGGAUUACUUACAUCUACUCCAUGAAGGACAGCAAGAGCCCUCUGAAAGCGUUGUUGGAGGGGGUCACCAGCAAGAACCCCGACUGGACCGUCGGGCGCCUGGCUGAGCUGCUCCAACAUAUGGAGCGCAACGAUGCCAUCGCUGUUCUCACCAAACUGGAACUGAAUGUGAUGCACGUGUAACAUAUAACCCACUAUUCACUUCAGGUUUAGGACUGCAGAUGUUUGCCUUAUUUCUGUAAAAUUCACAGUUAACCAAUAAUUAGCAAUCAAUGAAGAAAUAAUGAUGGAGGCUUUCAGAACAGAUGAGUAGCAACGCAAAUGUGUAUCGGGAGUUGUUCAAUGCAGAACUUCUAAGGGGUCAAUACAGUGACCCAUAUAGUAAACAAGGAUUUUUUUAUAUAUUCUUUGUCAACAUAAUCUUAUUACAUUAUGCACAUAAUUAAAUAUAAUUAUUAGUGUACAAAUAACUAUUCAACACAUUUAUUUUGUAAGCCUUUCAUAACAUUCUUACGACAUUAUUAAGGUCACAUUAAGGGCGGGCAUAUGAGAAAUAUAAGAUAGUCAUGUGGAUGAGGUGAUGACUACUUUAGCUUUGGAGCAGCAGCUGAUUUCACACUUGAAUGAGACUAAAGCUCUGGAGCUCGUAGACGUCAUGCGAGUGGGUCGAUCCGCCCUGGUCGGCGGUGCAUUACGUUGUUGUUCUUUGCUAGAUGCUCGUUUCCCAUUCAGGCCGACAGCGACGCCGUCUGACGGACACAUGCAACAGGGCAGACGCCGCUGCCGGACAAUCGCCACAGUGGCCCUAACAAUGACUGCUGUGCAUUCCAGGAAAAGCUUUCGCUUCAAGUGAUUAGUUUUACCGUCAUCUUUAAAAAUAAAAAAUUGAAUUUGUUCAAA